CUGCUUGCUUCAGCGAAUUCCACCAGUGCCAUUCAAUGAACCGCCGGCAAAGUGGUUGUUUAUUGUGAUAGUUUCCUACAAAAGUUGUAUGACGAGCUGUUGAAAUGAGUGAGAAAGAACCCGUCCGCAUCAAGGCGGAACCCGCAAUCGAUAGCAACGUACUGUGCGAUGCAACCAACAGCUGCAUCGAGGAGAUGGUGCAGGAACUGCAAAAUCAGGACCGUGAAAGGAAAGCACAAGGAGCCGCAACCGUUACCGACCAAAGCAUGCGGCAGGAUGAUCACGAUGAAAGCGUGUUCUACAACAUACAUAGCGUGCUGCCGAAGACGUUGAAAAUGCGCACGGGCGAAUCGGAUAUUGUGCUCGAGCCCAAGCUGGCGAGCCGUCUGUAUAAUGGGUCGAACCUCCAGUACGAUCGAACGAUGUUGAACCGAGCGGACGUGUGGCAUCAGGUGAUUGUGCACCACGAAAACGGCUGUUCCAAGGCGAAGAUACUGGAAACGCUGUUCAACAAGUUUACGUACUGUGAUUUCUUCCCGGUAGCGUAUCGGCGGCAUGUAAACGUGGACUUUUUCCUGCUGCGAAUGUGCAACCAAGUGAUGAUGAAGAUGUUUGAGGAAGGGAUGAAGCUCAAGUGUGGCACACAGGAGCUGGCCGUUAGCGUGCGGCUCGGAGCGGCUCGGUUCCAGAACGGACAGAUAUUCCCGCGCCAGACCAUUACGAAGGCGGUACAGGAACGGUGCGACAAUGCGGCACAGUACGGCAGCAGCAACCUGCUGAACUUGGACAGCUUUGCCGAACAUGUUAGUCUGCAGGAGCUUUCCAUUAAUCUCGGCAAUCGUGCACAGUUUGAGGUCGUUUGUUCGGCCAUUGUGCAGGUGCUGAAUGACAACAGUUGCAUCAAUACGUUGCGCCUCUCGAACAACGGUAUCAGCCACAUAUCGGUGCUGGCCAGCGCAAAGCAUCUGAGGAUCGCAAGCUUGGAUUUGCGAGGCAAUCGCAUAAAGCAUCCGAGCUCGCUACGAGGUUUGCGAGAGAUGCCACUACUGGAGCUGUUCGUGCUGGGCAAUAAUUUAACGGAGGUGCCCGAUUACGAGAAAGUUCUUCACAGUAUUUUCCCACAACUGUUGAAGCUGGAUACCAACUUAACGAGCCCGGUUGUAACGAAAGUUGUGCGUGAUGGCGACGAAGAAGAGGAGGAAGUUGAAAUAACCUCCCCCGGAACGUUGAUCACCGAAGCGGACAUGAAUGUAACCGCGUUCCAGAAGUACAACAUGACUCCCCACUGGCAUAAGGUGACGGUGCUACAUAACGGAGUCUGCAACAAGCAGGACAUACUGGACGCGCUGUUCAACCUGCUCGGCAAGCAUACGUUCUUCCCCUGCUACUACAAAACCUAUUCGAAGGAGGAUGAAUUUCUUGUCCAGAAUUGUUUCGACGCGCUGCUCGUUCUGGUGCGACAAAAGCUAAAACUGCCAAUGCGAGCGAAAAACGCGGUACUGAAGCUGUCGCUGACGAUGAACGUUGCCGAGGCUGGCGAAAAAGAUGUGCAGCCGUUGAAAAGGCUAGAGUGGUUCGUUGGCAAACGGUUCCAAAAUAGCUGUCUCGAUCUCUGCUCGAUGCAGACGGAUCUGAACAAGUGUCGGUACGUAGACUUUUGUGCGAAAAGUCCAUCGACGCUGCGGUACAUAAUGGAGUACGCUGCCCGGAAGUUCGGGAGUGCGUGUUUGGUGCUGCGACUGCGUCACAACGAGCUCAAGAACUGUGUGGCGCUGGAAAGUCUGUCCAAGUUCUACAGCCUAGUAUCGCUGGAUCUGCGCUACAAUUUGAUUUCGAAAUUCUCCGACCUGAAAGGCAUUCCAUGGAAUAACGUUACCGAGCUCUUUUUGGACAAUAAUCCCGUGUGCGGAACGGCACACACCGGCGUGGAGUACGUGCGGAAUGUGAAGCAGUUCUUCGGCAUGCUCAAACAGCUCGAUGGCAAAUCGUUGCUGGGAAAUUUCCCCUUCUGUCAGAACUACAUCUGUGUGCCGGAAGCGUACAAGUUUGCCGAAUCGUUUGUGAAGCAUUAUUUCGCGCUGUUCGAUUCAUUCCAGCGUGCCGACCUGCAGGAGCUGUACCAUCCGAGGGCACAAUUUUCCAUGACGUGCGACUUUGAGAUCGACGCGGCGCACACCUCGGAGGAGCAGAUGAACUCGCAACAGCUGCGACAGGUCAGCUACAUCCAGCACAGCCGCAAUCUGCUCAAGUUCAGGGGAAAUCCGAACCGAGCAAUGUCCAUGCUGAUCGUCGGUAACGAACGCAUCGGGUACGUGCUAACAUCCUUUCCGAAGACGGAGUUCGAUUUCUAUUCGUUCCGUAUCGAUGUGCCCGUGUUCACGCCGGAACGCGUCCUGAUCACCGUGAACGGUCGGAUGAGGGAGGAUGAAUUUGCUGUGCCGGGCCAGAAUAACAUCAUGGGCUUUACGCGCACCUGGCUCAUUCAACCGUCCGGUAUGGGCACGAAUCUGUUUCACGAGGCGCUGGAGUACAAGAUUCACAACGAUAUGCUGCAUAUGUACGACGUGGUGAACGGUAGGAAUGAAACGUUCGGUAAUUCGGCCGAAACAGCAACAGAGCAGGAAAGUCCAAUGGAUGUAACUCUUUCUGAUAGCGAUGAUCGUGAGAAUGCGCUGAUCGUGUUCAAGCAACUGACAAAGCUAAAUACGGAGUGGUCCAAACGAUGCCUGGAGGAAUCGUCGUGGAACUUAAAAGUGGCGUUGAACGUAUUUCUGAAGCUGUACGAAUCAAAGCGCAUCCCAAAGAUUGCCUUCCAGGAUGACAUGUAGUAGGAAGAGCACCAUGUACAAAUUAGUAUACGCGAUGCGAUUUUGCGUUGCAUAGUGUCUGUUUUCAUGAACAGUCUUAGGAUUAAUUUCUGCAUGCCAUCGAAAAUAAGAUGUGUGGAUAAGGGGAGCUGUUGAGUGAUCUGGUGAAUUGAAGCGUUACGCACUGAAUAAAGGCAAGACUCUGGACGGUGGAA